UAAGCCAUCGUAAACACGAGUCCGUUACCUGUGACCCACGGUCGCGUUACGGCAGUAUAUUCGUAAAUUCCUUCGAGAUAGAACGUGUUAAUUCAACAUGCCAAUCAGGGAUUACAAGUUUGAACUCAUUCUGGGCAGGGGGACGUUUGGGACGGUUCAUUUGGUGAGACGAUUCAGAGAUGGGAAACCGUUUGUUAUAAAAGAGCAAGACUUGAACCCUUCGUCGUACCGAUCGUUCCAGAUGGUGAUGGCAGAAGUGGAUUGCUUGAGGAAGAUGAGGCAUCCGAAUAUUAUCUCUUAUCGUGGCGCUUGGAGUGAAGACAAUCGCAGCUAUAUUCUGAUGGAGUACGCAAUGCGCGGUACUCUAAAGGAUUUGCUGAAGAAGCAACAAGAGCCCUUGAAAGAAGAAGAUACGCUUUACCUCUUCUCCCAAAUAAGUCUCGGAGUUCACCACAUACAUUCGAAGAACGUGUUACAUCGAGAUCUGAAGCCAGAAAAUAUUAUGCUGACCGGACGAAGGGCCGAAAUCGUAAAGAUUGGAGAUUUUGGAGUGUCGCGAAGCGUCAACGAAUUGUCCAGAUCGCACGCCGGCUCUUACAAUUACAUGGCCCCGGAAAUGCUGAAGAAGGAGCCGUGCGAUUUCAAGUGCGACAUUUGGAGCAUGGGCGUCGUCCUCUACGAAAUGGUCGCAAAUCGACUUCCCUUUCCAGCCCAGACGCAAGAAGAGAUCGUCGAGAUGGUAUGCAACGCGAGGCCUCGUCCAUUACCUAGGAACACUCGAAUAGACACGGUGAACCUCCUGUCCAAGAUGCUGCGCCGAGACGCGGAGCGACGACCGACCUCCUAUCGGGUGGUCCACUGUCCUUAUCUCGUCCCGUCCAUCAUUCGAGUCUGUUUGAACGUGGGUCGAAAUCCGAAUCACGCUGAGUGGAACGCCGAGAAUUUGGAAUAUCAUCAGUUCGAGAGGUUCUUGAAAACUCGGGACCCAUUCCCCAUGGAGGAACGGCGUCCUCGACGGCGAGCCAUUUAGGAAUCGGUCAAAAUCGAUAUCCAUUUUUGGAGACGGACUUUUAUCAGCGUUCCGAAAGGCGCGUUACGUUCAAGAGAUGUCCCAACUUUUAUAUCGAAGGACGGCGAAGGCUUUUGUACUCCACGAUCGGUCGGACGAUCUCGGAUGCGAGCCUAUACGUUCCAUCGUCGCCGUUCGACCGAUUUCGCUAUCGAACGUUUACCCUCUUAAAUAAGGUUAUCGACGGGCGCAUCCGGUAAACCGGGUCGUCCCGUCGGACUCUGGCGAAUAAAUUAGUUUGGCUGAACGAAGAAAA